CUCGACUCUUUUUCCUCUUCAAUGUAACCUCUCUGUAUUUUUUUUCCACUACUAUUCACCACUCUGAAUUCGCCACCAACAUAGACUUUAUAUUAUUCCUUUUGUAUAAUGCCCACUGGAAAUGACACCGAACAAAAGCCCACUUCACAGCACACAAGCGCAGCCGACCAGAACACAGCCGGAGGAUCCGGCGGCAGUGCUGCUCCAAGGCCAGCGCCGACGUGGGAUGAAAUAAACGAAACACGGAUAGCCGUGAAGAACAGAAAGGACGACUUUGACAGCCCCUUCACUUUUUGUAUAAACGACGGCGCCUACAUCGACGCCCGAUCAGCACCGCCAGUCACGGGCAAGUACUCGUGCAUUGAGUUUCUCUCACGCCGGAUGGCGUCGGUGGUGCGCCAGCGGCGGCAACAAGAAGCCCAGCAGAGGAUUUGGGCUGACUCGUGGUACGCGCGAUGGAUGCUUCGGUGGCAAGUGUACAAGGUGUACGGCAACAAGAACAUUGAAAAGUUCCGUCAGCUGGAGCGCAAUAAGCGCACCACGCAGGAGAUGGGAGUAGAGGUCAUUGGCGAUGAGCGCGAGCGUGGACGCUUAUUUGUUGUGGCUCCAUUGGAUGUUGCUGUGGUGGAAUGGCGGAACGAGGCUUGGAGGUUUGUGCUGCGUAUGCUGGAGCCCGGGUACAAAAUGAGCAAAAAGUACAUGGAGUCGUGGGAGAACGGCACACAGACUAAGCUGCUGACCAAGUUCUGGGACGGGACUGUCAAGAUGGACGGGCUCAAGCUGGCUGCCAAGAUGGCCUCGAAUAUCGUCAAGGGAUGGGGUGACGUGGCCGAUGAGAAGGACAACAACCGCAAGCAGACGUAGAUCACAGGUGUUUGCAAAAGACAACCAAUAUAUCGUAGAGCCUACAGUCCACUCAUGCAUAGUACAGUGGUACACUGGAUGUCUCGCUACGAUACACCUCCUUUUCCAGAUGCUGUGUUGUAAAGUGGCCAUUAAGAUGCCAUGCAGGACUUCCAGGUUGUAGUAUAUAUUUGACGAAUAGCGAGAGUAAACCU